AUGGCCACUCCGUUCGCCAACCCCCACGACUCUCCCUCUCCGCUUCAGAGAUCCAUGGCCAGCGCGAUGGGCUCGGUCCGACGCUUCGCCUCGAAGACCUCGGCGUCGUCGUCCACGCGCGCCCGCGUGGGCUUCUUCCUCGCUGCGGCUGCCAUGUUCCUUAUCGCGGUGGCCUUCAACUUGCAGUCCGUCUACUCCUACCGAUGGCAGUACCCAUACCACAGCACGGCCUUUGUCAUCUCGCUCGUAUUUGAGCUCAUCAUCAGCCGCGGCAUGCUCGGCAUGUUGGCGACGGUAGUCCGCGACUUCUCUACGAGCCUCAUCGUAGGCCUCGUAGGAAUGGGCAUCUACAUCGCCAUCCAGUUCCUCGCGAACGAGUGCAUAACACCGCAGCACGGUAGAGUCAUUGCCUGCUGGUCGGUGCUCACGUUCUGGAUCGUGUUCGCGGUGGAUGCGGUGCUCAAGAUCGGCUUCAGCGUCACGAGCUGGCUGGCGAGCAGGCUGGAGGACGGGAGCACAGGGCGGAUCAGGCUCGGGCCGGGUGUGGAUGCGGUCGGUGCGGCGUACGCGGACUACCCCGAGGUCCGGGCUGACCGCAAUGGGGUUGCUGUCGAUCUGGAGAGGGGGGAGGCCCCGUCGCCCAAGGCCGGUGCCGGCGAGCACAACUAA